AUGAACGACUCUUCUGAUUGUGAUAUAUUUUAUAACUUAAUUAAAAGGACCUUUUUAAUAGAAUCUCUCAAGGAUACUCUUGACCAGAUGGUUGAGGGGUACUAUUUAACUAAAGAGAGCUCGGAUAGAAUCUUAAACGAAGCAGUAAAGGAAUAUCAAAUCACUUUAAAAAACAACAAACAUCUUUUUUGUAAAAUUCUAGUCUUCGGCCAACUUGGUCAAUAUAAAUAUCUCGAUAAUAUGUGGACGUUUAACCUAAAGGAUCCCCUCAUUUGUUACUUCUAUUCUCCCAGUGAUCCCGAUGAGAUUGAUAAUUCGGACGAUGACGAUUCCUACACACCGAGGAGCAGAUCCACUGUUUCUAAGGAAAUUUCAAAAAACCUACACUCUGACAAUUAUAAAGUAUUUUGUGUUAAGGGGUAUCUUAAAAUCAUGUCCGUGGAGGACUACUGA